AUGAUGCCAGCUGACUUCCAACUUCCAGAAUUUCUCUCUUCUGCAGCCACGGAGAAGUACGUGUCUGCCAUCCAGAAGAUGGAGCAGACCGUGAUGUUCCCCAGCCUUCUUCGUGGGGUCUCCUUAGAAGACCUGGAAGAUACUUUCGGGGCCGGCAAAGAUUUGUUUGAACAUUUUACGUUGCUGAAAUCCGGCAAGGGGAUGCUGGAAGGCGGGCUGUUACCUCUGAGAAUAGAGAAGCAGUUACCUGUGGCUCCUCAAGAGAAGCAGGACAACAUGGAGGAGGACAGCCUGGAAGACAUAUUUUACUACCACUUGUCGAGUCUGUAUCGUGUCCUCCAUCAUUUGACCCAGAGGGCCCUGGCUGUCACGGCCAAAUACAACGAAAUUAUGGAACGGAUCAACCGGAGCUAA